ACGGCGGGGAUGUUCCCGCAGGACUGGGGACACCAGGGCGGGGAAGGCAUGGGACUUGAACCUCGCCCCGACCCGCCUCCAAUCUCGGUCCCUGCCUUCUUCGUUCUUAACUGCCCUGCCCCAAGUCUCCCGAACGGAGCCCAGUGCAAGUUGUCCCCUUUCCCUCCUCCUCCGGGCGGGUUGGGGAGUCCUGAGUUGCCGCGGCUGCCUUGUGUUUGCCAGGAGCGUGGCAGUGCCAUGCUGCUGGGAGCUGCCCGGGAGAGCAGCCCAGGACCCUGCGGGGCCGCCCCUCAUCCUCUGUCGGCCCGGAGGGGACGGGCAAGAAGGAAAAUCAAACUUUAUCCCCCUCUGUGACUUCGUGUGUGUGUGUGUGUGUGUGUGUGUGUGUGUGUGUGCGUGUGCGCGCGCGUGCAUGGGAACCAGCUCCCUCGAGAUGGAUGCUGCAUUGCUUCUGGAGGCAAGCUCCAUCCUCUCGGGUCCUUAAAGGUCUUUCACUACCAUUCCUACAGUGAUUGGCAAGAUACCUCACUCUCCAUGUACCAUGCCAGUGACAUCUUAGCUGCUAGAGUGUGGAGCUGGCCUGUGGGAGUCAAGUAAGUGCCUUUUUUACUAUUUGGCAUGGUUUUUGCUUACUUUGCAAAGCCAUGUAGAGGAGCUUCUUAAGAUUAGUUUUUAAAAAGGCACUUGCUUGAUCCUUGUGGGCUGGCUCUUUGCUCCAGCCUGCUGUUGAACACCUGGUAGCUAACAUGGGGCUGAGUUUAGUGAGGUGACUGUUGCACAAUGGAAUAUUUUUACUAUGGUAGACCCUAAGGGAUGAUAGAUCUGAUCUUAGCCUGCUUAGACCAUAUUGGUGAACAACCCCAAUAAAUCAGAGCUAUGCUAUCUCAAACAGUUACUCUGCCUCCUGGAAAUUUAAUAGGGUAUGGAUGACCAACGGUUUGCUGGUAUAAACCAACCAGAUUGCGUGGAGACAGGGCAGCUCUCCUAGGAAAGGCAAUGAUCUUGGCGUUUAUUUUAAUUAAUUUGGCUUAAUAUAUGGAAGAAGUAAAAGUUGAUGUUAAUCAGGUAUAGGUUUCUGUGUUUAUCACUAAAGUUGCUAAAACCUGGUAUCUUACUUUUGCAGGUCAUCCUGUAAAAUUUGCCUGUAUAAAUUAACACAUCCCCUGUAUGUCAUAACAACCAUGUAAGGGAGAGUGUUUUCCUGCUCUGUCUUAGGUAUUGGUGAUGUGACCUGUUCAUGCAGGGGAAACUUGAACACUCGCAGGUACACCAGAGGCUCUCUUCCUGGCAGAAUUUGAGAGUUGUUUAUUGCAGUACUGUUGUGCCCUCUGAUGAUGUUACAGUGGUUUAUCAAAAUGGGUUACCUGUGAUAUCUGUGAGGCUACCAUCCCGGCGUGAACGCUGUCAGUUCACACUCAAGCCUAUCUCUGACUCUGUUGGUGUGUUUUUACGACAACUGCAAGAAGAGGAUCGGGGAAUUGACAGAGUUGCCGUCUAUUCACCAGAUGGCGUUCGUGUUGCUGCUUCAACAGGGAUAGAUCUCCUCCUCCUUGAUGACUUUAAGCUGGUCAUUAAUGACUUAACAUAUCAUGUACGACCACCAAAAAGAGACCUCUUAAGUCAUGAAAAUGCAGCAACAUUGAAUGAUGUAAAGACAUUGGUCCAGCAGCUAUAUACCACACUGUGCAUUGAGCAGCACCAGUUAAACAAGGAAAGGGAGCUUAUUGAAAGACUAGAGGAUCUCAAAGAGCAACUGGCUCCCCUGGAAAAGGUAAGAAUUGAGAUUAGCAGAAAAGCUGAGAAGAGGACCACUUUGGUGCUAUGGGGUGGCCUUGCCUACAUGGCCACACAGUUUGGCAUUUUGGCCCGGCUUACCUGGUGGGAAUAUUCCUGGGACAUCAUGGAGCCGGUCACCUACUUCAUCACUUAUGGAAGUGCCAUGGCAAUGUAUGCAUAUUUUGUAAUGACACGCCAGGAGUAUGUUUAUCCAGAAGCCAGAGACAGACAAUACUUAUUAUUUUUCCAUAAAGGAGCCAAAAAGUCACGUUUUGACCUAGAGAAAUACAAUCGACUCAAGGAUGCAAUUGCUCAGGCAGAAAUGGACCUUAAGAGACUGAGAGACCCAUUACAAGUACAUCUGCCUCUCCGACAAAUUGGUGAAAAAGAUUGAUCUGCAAAGAGCCUCUGAAUCCCAGCAGAAGGAACACCUGUUUGCCUUUUUAAUUAAAGCAUUGCAGGUGGAAGCUGGGAACCAUGUGGGGGUAGAGCGUUUUUACCUUUAAUUAUAAAACAAAAACAGAAAGGAUCUGAGGGAAGAAGGGAGUGUUAAAACCUGAGGAUCAGGCAUUGUGGAAUAUAAGAUCAAAGGGCUUAGUGAAUAUUGUCUUAACGAAGUAUCUCACUUUCUGGAUAAAAAUGAUGCAGUUAUAUAGUCGAGAGAUUCAUAAAGAGAAAGUGACGCUGGGGGUGUUUGUUUCUUGCAUCUUCUCUGCAGAGUCAGCAAAACAGUAACACACCAGCACCCCACUCUGCUCUAUUUUUUUUUUAAUUUAACUUUCCCUAUUUUUGACAUAGGAGUAAAUAAAUAUACCAGAAAAGCAGAUUCUCAUGAUAUGUGGAUGGCAAUCUGAGUGCAUAUCAGUAGCAUUUAUUUUAAAUCGGACCCAGUCUCUGCAGAGUUACCAGGAAUCUCUCCCUCCUGCACCCCUUUACUGACCACCUACCUGUACCUCUUGGCUACACUCAUUUUUUUCCAUUUGAUAAUUGGAACCAACUUACAACUGUUUAAUAAUUGAUACUUUAUCUCUUAAUACUUUCUUAAAUGUCUGUAUAGCCCAGUGCUCUAGAUCAGUGUCUAAAAAUCAUUGGCAACACUGCAUGAGGUUGUUGGUUUGAUUUUGUUUUUCUAUUAAUUAGUCUUUCACAGGAGGAAAAUUUGCCCUCCUUUAUAGGCGUAUCUAUUGAUAAUCCCCUCUCCCUCCACUACACAAGUCAGAGAGAGGAGGGGUGUUCAGCUGUACUACCAAAUCAGGAAGAUGUAAGGUUUACAAACUGGCUAAAAAUCAUGGCUCUGUAGCCAUUUCAACCCAAAUAAUUUUAUUGCUAAUCUGCUUGUGUGACAGCAUUCCAGGCCAGCCAGAUGGCACUGCCUUGUCUGGAGGCUUUGUUCAUCUCAAAGGACACACACUUCCACACUGUUUGGGAGUCCUCCCACCUCCACAACUUCAGUUGUUGCAAAUCGAGUGUGUGGAUCUCAAAGGGUGCAAUUUAUCUUUAUACAGGAAUACACUUCUAGGGCUUCCUUCAGCCUACUCUCUUCACCCUAUGUUUUCUUAUCUUAAACUGAGAGAAAGAAAAUUAAUCUUUUACUUUGUCAAAACGUUUUCUACCAUAUUUCCAGAUGACAUCUGCGCUUGAAGAGUCAAAGGAAUCUGUGUCUAAUAUCCUGUUUUUAACUGCUGUAGGGGCAGGAUGGAAAGGAUGAUGGGGGCUGCCACACCACUGAUUGGCCUUUUCUUUCACAUGAUUCGUUUUUCGUCAUUGUGGCAAGGAAUUUCUUUCUUUUUUUCUUCCUCCUUUGGGAUCAUUGUGUAUGAAAAGAAAAACUUUAAAUGACAAACCCAGACUCCAGGUGCCUUGCAAAGGUUGAAGGCCAGCCAGGAUUGCUGCUGCUGCUACUCCUGCCACCAUCCCUUUCAUUGGCAUGAUGGAAUGAAAGGAUGCAUGUCUCCACUUCCUCACCCUCCACCCACUUCCUUCUCCCACCACCACCCCCAGUCGUCAGCUCCUUCCCUCAUUUAUUUUUGUUGUGUGAAUUAUUUUUAAACCAUUUAUCCUGUUUGUGCAUAGGAUUUUUAAGAAGAAACAGCACAGUGCAAUGAGCAAAUCUUUUCGGGGUGUGUGGGAGGCAAGGGAGGGAGGACAUGGAGAAAAGUUCUUUAAACAAAUAGCAAACUAUUGAACAUGUGUAAAAUCCUGUAUCAUUUAUGAAAUAUGUAUAAAAAGCAAUGUACCUUCUGGAACAAUAAAUACUUAUUCAAUUUUUGAA